UGUCUGCGCCCAUGGAUUUGAUCUCUUAUCAGCUGUCGAAUGAUCUUCGCAUUUAAAACUGAAUGUGGUAUCAUUUAAAGACAGAUAACAAAAAUGAAAGCUUCUUACGCUUUGAGAAGACUGUUACCAAACAAUUUUAGUAUACGAUGUCACACUAAAAGAACAUUUUAUCGCUCAUUUCUACGUCAAACAGUUCCACUUACAAGUGUACGUUAUCCAAAUUUAAAGCGCAGUGGUUAUUCAGCACUAACUGACAAAGACCUAUCAGUAUUUGAGAAAUUGAUACCUGGGAGGGUUCUGACUGGAUCAUCAGAACUAGAUGGAUACAACACUGAUUGGUUAAAAACAUGCAGAGGUUCAAGUCAGGUAGUUUUGAGACCAAAGACCACAGAGGAAGUGUCAGCCAUUUUGAAAUAUUGCAAUGAAAGAAAAUUAGCAGUGGUGCCUCAGGGUGGAAAUACAGGACUGGUUGGAGGAAGUGUUCCUGUCUUUGAUGAAAUUGUUGUUUCUACACAGCUAAUGAACCAAAUCAUAAGUCUUGAUGAGAUUUCUGGAACAUUGGUUUGUGAAGCAGGCUGUAUUCUUGGUAACCUUAGUGACCAUGUGGCUGAAAGUGGAAUGAUUAUGCCACUUGACCUUGGAGCCAAAGGAAGCUGCCAUAUUGGUGGUAACUUAGCAACCAAUGCUGGAGGACUUCGACUGUUGAGAUAUGGAUCAUUACAUGGAAGUGUGUUAGGCCUGGAGGCUGUUCUUGCUAGUGGGGAAGUGGUAGAUUGUUUAUCAACUUUGAGGAAAGAUAAUACAGGAUAUGAUGUCAAACAACUAUUUAUAGGAUCAGAGGGAACUCUGGGGUUGAUAACAAAAGCGUCAAUACUUUGUCCACAAAAGCCAAAUGCUGUAAAUGUGGCUUUUCUAGGUUGUGACAGUUUUGAGAGGGUUCUUGAUAUAUUCAAAGAAAGUAAAAUGAAACUAGGAGAAAUUUUAUCAGCCUUUGAAUUUUUGGACGCAGAUGCCAUAGCAGUUGCCAGAGACAAUCUAAAACUUUCCAUACCUAUAGACGACACCUUUCCAUUUUAUGUACUUAUUGAAUCAUCGGGAUCUGACGGAACUCAUGAUGAGGAGAAAAUGAAUGGGUUCCUCGAAGACAUGAUGAAUCGAGGAUAUGUCAUUGACGGUACAGUGGCGUCUGAGCCAGCCAAAAUUCAAUAUAUUUGGUCUGUUAGAGAGAGGAUAGCAGAAGGACUAAUGCAUGAUGGGUAUUGUUACAAGUAUGAUGUAUCUAUUCCUUUAUCACAUUAUUAUGGAUUGGUGGAGGCAGUAAGGGAGAGAACUCAAGGCAAUACUACUAGGGUCAUAGGUUAUGGUCAUGUAGGAGAUAGUAAUUUACACUUAAAUGCUACGUCACCUGAAUAUAGUCAGACAACAAUGGACUUACUAGAACCUUUCCUGUAUGACUGGGUAGCUAAACACCGUGGAAGUAUCAGUGCUGAACAUGGUCUUGGGUUCAAAAAGCGGGACUUUAUUUACCACAGCAAAUCAGAAUCAGCUGUGAGACUAAUGAAUCAGAUGAAACAAGUCUUAGAUCCAAAUGGCAUAUUGAAUCCUUAUAAAUUGUUACCAACUGUGAUAAGAUAGUUAUGGCAAUUUAGUACUUUUCGUUUACAAUUGUAAUAGUCCUUUUUCUAGUCCUUUUUAUACAAUAAGUCCUUUCUUGUUUUAUUGUUCUGUUGGUUUGCUGUCUCUUUGAUGUAUACCUUACAUCUCUAUUUGUUCAUAUUAUCAACUAAUAUUACAAAUUAAGAAAAAAUAUAUUAUGAUGUUUUGAAAUUGUGUAAUAAGUGCAACAAGAUGAAAAUUGUGUUAAAUAAAAAUCCAUGUUUUAAAUUUCAAAAUCAAUUUUCAUUUUAUUUGUACACGAAAUCC